ACUCAGUUGUUGAAUACGGUUCGCGUGCCGCAUAUGACUACGUUUUGGAGUUAUUUAUGAUCUAGUCUGUCUUGCAGGGGUGUUUAAUGGUUUAACUUGACUUCACUGAGACUGAUAAUAACACAGUUCAUAAUAAAAUAGUCUCCCUCCCGCGCCGAUCAGCUGACCAACCAAAACAAACAAAGUCACGAGGCUGCACCCAGCGAUGGCUCCCUCCCGCCGAAGGUGUGGCCCAGCGCCCCCUCCUGCCGGGUGUGGCUCGCCCUAACUUGGCCUGGUCAGACAUCCCAGCAGCCCCAUUCCAGCAUGGCGCGUAACAAGGGGGACUGCGGUCCCCUACUCAGGGCUCUCUUCCAGAAAGAGAAUGAAGUUCUCAAGGAACUGGAAUCCUUCAUAUCUCAAGAUGGAAAGCAUGAGUCAGUGCUCUCUAUGGAAGCAGUUGCUUCCUUAAAGGAAAAGCUGCUGACUAGCCCAGUGGCAGCCUCACAGAUCCUCAAGAUGCUGGAGACCUCCGGCACAAGCCUCAGGAAUGGCAAGCCAAAGGACAAGCAAACAAAAAAGGAGUGUGACCACAGAACACAAGAAGCUGUGAGUCCUGGUCAUGAUGUGGGUCAGGUGUGCAAGAUCUAUCAAGAGUGUCUUGACCACUGUCUGUGGAGACUGGAGAACCUUCAGGAAAAGCUGCACCAAGAAGAAGAAGAGUACUCUGCCUUGCUCAAGAGGCAGCAGAGGGGUUACUCCCCCAUGAGGACCAACGUAGGGAAGGUAAAGCAGAAAGCCAUAGCUUCUUCGGAGGCUUCAAAGUUUAAGGAAAGGAUUAUUGCCACCAACCAGAAAAAGGAGAAAAUGGAAAGUCUGUUUUACAAUUUAUUGUCACUUUCAAGGUGUAUCGAUGUUGCUUCCAUGAGAAAGCUGUUCCCAAGGAUGAUCGUGCUCUGCUAUGAGAAAAAGUUGUUAGUGGUGAAUAAGGUCUACAUGCCCUUAUUGUCAAGUUCCACUGAGUGCCUGAAAGCUUUUUGUGAGAGGGAGGGAGAGUACCUUUUAAAUAAAUUUUAUUACAAAAAUCAUGAUCUGACACAUGGCUUGAUGCCUCUCACUCACUCAAAGAUGAGAGAAAUCUUUUAUGUGUGUGUUCGUAACUCAAAACAUCUGAUGGAAAUUUUCUUUGAACACUUAUCAAAUUCUCUCAGUGGCAUGAAAGAUAUUGAAUCACAAGAAUUCUCAUGGUUGAGGCCACUGUGGCCUUUGCUGUACAUGCAGACAGUAAUGUCAUCUCAGGGAGUUGCAGAGUACACAGGCAUGGCAACACUGUUGAAGAAACACACCAGUGCAAUAGACCCUUUGUUGGCUGAGGUAUGUAGCCUUCUGGAGCGGGACAUGAGGCUGGUUCAGUGGUGUUUGGCUCACAACAGUAGGCUCAAAACACAGCCUUUGCUACAGCUUGUUAGGGAUCACUCUCCUCUCUAUGUUAUCCACAAAGCUAUUCAACUCAAAACAUUAGUCCCAAGUGAUGUGCUGCUCAUGCUUCAAGAACACUGUAUGGCCAGAGACUCAAGUGGUGUGUUGAACUCCUCCUGCAGAAACACUUACAUGGCUUUCUGUAUCUUAACACAGAUAUUUGAAAUUAUUGGAUCUGGGAUGCAGUUGGAUAAUAUAUCAACUGGGUGGCAGACAAGAAAAAGGUCACACAGUUGCAAGAUACCAGGUAGUAAUGAGACAAAUAGUUUUCAGGAAAGUCAAUGCCAUUCAUCUUUCUACAAAAAAAAUAUUGCAGAAAAGUUAAAAUCAGUUCAAAAGUUACUAGACACACUGCAGCCCCUAGCAUAUAAGCUUGAAUUAAUGGAAAAUAUCUACUCACUAUUGUUUGUGAGACACAGUGAUAUGAGUGACGAGGACCACAGUGAGGCGAGUGCAGAGGAAGGGGAGAUGGACCAAUCCUUGCCUUCCCAACACACAGAUGCUGACAGCCUUAUGAGUCUCUCUGCCUCCACCAAUCCUCACCAUUACCCUGCCAGGGACUCUCCAGAUCCUACCUGCAUCACUGCAUCUCAGAACAACACUGAAGGUGCCACAAGGAAAAAAGUACUUGAUUUUUCAGAGUAUGUGGUGUUAGAUGAAUAUGGCAUUGAGAGGGUAAACUUUUCCAGUAAGCAGUCAUCCGUCAACAGUACAUCAGCACUUCAACCUGUCAGCAAAUCUUCCUCUCCGGAAGGAAAAGAUCAAGAAGAACCUGCCGCAAAUGAGUUGAUGCGAUGGGAGAGUCAGCAGCACUCCAGUCAAAGUGGUGAAGCGGCAGUACAGCGUCAAAGCAGUUGCACAGCCGUGAGUGGGAAGAGUGCCACGUCCAGCGCCGGGGAGCUGCCCCGCACAGGCUUCCUCAUCAACACUCUGGUGGCCUGGGACGUCAUGCUGAUGCUGAAGGAGGUACUCUUCGUGUUCACCUCAGAGUGUUUCAAGCAGGUGAGUAGUGAAGAGGCGUCGACCCGGCAGGACAUUGAGAGUCGUGUGUCGUACCUUUCCAUGUGUGUCAAUGAGGGGCUGUGGAGGCUGCAGGUGAUGGUUCCAGGUACUCACUCCUUUGGCUCACUUGACAUAUUUGAUGAUUAUCUGAAUGGCACUCUCUUCUCCCAUGCCUCCCAACAGUUGGUGUACGAGUCCCCUCCCCCACUUGAGAAUACUAAAAAGAAGCUUGGGAAGGAUCCUGAACCUCCACAGAUAAGAGGAAGCUCAUCUGUACCCAGCAGUGUUAUAAACUUUCUCUUUGCUCCAUCAUCAAGCCUCAUCACCAUGUCUCUGGCUAAUGGGAAUGUUGAGAGGAUAGAAAAGAUAUUUCGUGCUUUUGAAAUUCCCGACACGGCUGAUAAGAGGGAAGCACACCUUGCAAUGCGCCUCAGUCAGCUGCGACCAAAACUUUCUGUCACACGCCAGAGAUCUGCUCGACCCAGAGAAUCCAAGGUGGUAGUGGAUGGUGGCAGUUCCCAAGGCAUGCUGCAAUGCAUUGGACUGCUGGCCAGGGAAGGGACAGCUCAAGUUGGAGCCACAAAUCUCAUACAUGAUCUGGUCACCUCUUUGCCUCCCCCAGUCCCCAAGGGUAUCCCAGAGGCAGCAGUGGUGACUGAGUGCCCUGUAACAGCUUCCUUCCUCAACCCCAUGGCCCUGGUACUAGCUGAUUUGGCUCUUACUGUGGAUGUAACAGAGACCACUGCUACCUAUAUCCUUGAGCAAGUCUUUCAGAAACAUCCUCUCCAGAAUUCUGAACACAAACAUGUGGAAACAUGUUCUGGAAUUGUAGGUUACCUUCCUCUCCUGCAUCAACUUAAAGCAACUUGCAGAACUAUUGUAAGUUUAAGAGAAUCAGAGAAAGAGCCAGAAGGGGAAGGUCCUUCAUGUGAUGCAGGAAGUGGUGUGGAUAAAAGCAUUUCUAUUUGUUUGGGUGGACAAGUUGCAACUCCAUUUUCUCUUUUGAUGUCAUAUCUUCCAUUGAAGGAUGAGGAGUUGAAAGCACAUGUGUAUGGCUGGUCAAAGGUCCUGAGGAGUGUAAGUGCUGUUCAAGAGGCCCUCCUCAGCACCACCAUUGACAAGGAGGACCAGACUAAUGUAAUGCAGCGGCUCAACUCUCAGAACAAUCAGGUGCAUCAUGCAUACAAAACUUUGAUUCGCACACUAAGCUCGGAAGCCCCUCACUUGUCUGGGAAGUCAUCCAGAGGCAAAUCUGCUGUCAAAGUGGGAGCUUACGUCAGGUCAUUCUAUCAGUACUUACAACUUAUGUCGGCAAUGGUCACCCAGCAUGCAGAAAAACGCUACAGUAAAAUGGGUAGCCACUUCUCACUCUUGUCUGAGAGGCCUGUCGAGAUAUUGGGAUCACUGAUUUUCCAGGAGUGUGUUGAUCCUGUGAGACUUGAACCCAUUGCCAGCAAGAUGAAGCUGAACCUGACAUCCAUGAUCCUCCAGUAUUGCUGCCCUAAAUUCACCAUCCCCAGAGAGAAUUCUUACCCGGAAAGUCUUCCCAGCGGUGCCAAGGGAAGAGUGCAUGCAUUGGGCUUCCAGGUGGUGAGAGAGCAAGUCAUCAUGAACAGUGGGACAAUAACAUGCCAAGAUGGUGUGUAUGGUGAAGUAGUGGUGCAGAGCCUCCUCACAUCACUCCUCAGUAGCCUCCAUGAAGCCACUCAGUCUAGCACGGUCAUAUCACAGACUGGCCUCAGAGCGUUAGUGCUGAAUGAUGCCACGGCCCCAAGAUUCCUCACACAAGUAGAUGUCCAAGAGACCCUGAAGGACACGGCAGACCUGUCGGCUGUGGACUUCAACAAGAUGCGCCCCGGGAGGGAAGCCGUGGUGUUCUUCAUCAACUUGGCCAACCUGAUGUUCAUUCACGCUGGGCUGCUCAACCAUGUCCUGUACCCAAGCAGCAAACUGAACCCUCAAGCCCGAGGGGUAUUCUCCAACUACCAGCUGGAGCGUAUAUGUGCCAUGAGGCGCAUGGGCUAUGUGGUUGGCCAGCUGGGGUUUGUCUCCUUGUAUGAUGUCCUCUACACUGUCCUGCAGCUACAAAACCCACUGUCCAGCAUAUUGGUGCAGAAUGAUCCAAUAAAUAGAAUCAGCAUCUGUGAGAGUAACUUGAUAUGUACAAAACUGCUUCCCAAGAGAGAGGAAUUGUCUUCCAUCUCAGAACUCUUGGAGCCGCUCUCGUCCCGAAUCAGCUUCUGUGUCACCCAAGGGACAUCAGUUUCUCCCAGAGUUCAGGUUUUGUUUGUGGACAGACUUGAGGAACAGCUUGAAGAGGCAGUACAGGAGCACAUGAGGCUGUUUUUCAUAGCACAGAGCAAAAGGAAGAGGAAACAGUCUGUAGAUACACAGGAGCGUCAUGGUAAAAAGGGCACAGAGAAGUGUAAAGUAGUGACAUCAAGAACAGUACUUGAUUAUCUUGCGGGCCGCCCCACUAGUAUUGUGGGAGGCAUGCAGAAGCUGCAGAAGAGCAUGCCACUAGAAAUGGCAGCUGUGAUGCAGGAAUUUAUUUCUGAACUGUCGAAGGGUAAACAGCUUGAGAUAGAUGUUCUUGAUCGAGAAGAAAACAGAGGCAUAGUUUUAGAGAUCAUUGAGUCCUUUGAAGAGGAAGGUGCCUCACAUGUAAUGCAGGACGAGGCCCAGUCUGUGCCCAGCAUGAGGGAGCUGCCUGGCCCAUUGUGGGAGGGCAGCAGACUCCCCCAGGCUGUGCUGGCCUACCUCCGCAGACAGUGCCCUCUCUUGUCCUUCAUUGUGCAGGUGUUUCACCAUACUGCAGAGAUCAGCAAGAAAGGUGAUGGAGCAGAGGCUGAUGACAAUAUAGACUAUGCAGACUUGUGGCUUAAGAUUUUGUACCCUCCUUCGCUAGGAAUCAAACCACCUGAAGAGGAAACCAAGAGAUUCUGGCCUGUCAAAAAUCUGUUCUCCCUGCAACGCCACCGAGCCUUGGCAAGGAUCUACGGCAACAACAAGGUCACCUCAGCCCUUGCUAGCAGCCCAGAUAUCUCCUCCAUCUGGGAGCUUGCUGAUAGCCUGCUGGGGAGCUGCUCCAUCACCCGGGGCCACAGGAGUCAGCUGCAGCAGCACACGAUAGCUCUGGUGGCGGUGCUGCAGUCCCUCCCGCCCAGCACCCGGGAGAGCCACCCUGACCUCACCCUCUUCCUGGACCAGCUACUCGUCUUCCUGGUGCAGGCCACUCCUCCUGAAGGUGACCCUGGACCCUGGAUCUAUGCCUGCCAGAUUGCUGACAGUGAAAUAAGAUAUGCAGUUGUGAUGGAGGCUCACAGAACUUGGCCCGCUGAGCCAGCCCAGGAGCUGCUGAGGGUGAUUGCCUAUGAUCCUCUCCUCUCGGCACACCUCCAGCGCCUGGCAGAGGCCCGCAGUAGUCAACUUAGCCUCUAUGAGAAGAUCCUGAAGCUGGAGGGAUUGUCCUGUACAUCAUGGCAGGAUGUAGAGAGGUUGUCGUCUGAGGAGCCAAUAUGCCUCAUGCAGCAUUUGGUUCAGAAAAAGAAGUUCAGCCUCAGCGUGGAGUGGGCCAAGCACCAUGAGGUGAAUGCCGAGCUGCGCCGCCUCGUGGACCAAAGUUACCUGAUGGAGGUGCUGGACAAGACUGCGCCAGACUUCACUGUUGCUUUGGAGGCCUUGGAGUCACUCACUCACCAAGAUCUGAUCAUUGCAGUGCGAGAACUACUUCAAAAGCUCUCAAAUUUCUCAACCCGGCGGUUUCUAAUGGAAUUUUAUGUCAAGAAGCAUUUCAGUGAAUGUGCAACCAUGAAAUCAGUGCAGACUUUUCCAGGUGAGGGAGGUGAGUCACCAGAGAGUAGUGAAGAUGUGUUGUGUGACUCUGGUGGAGGUGGUGGUGCUAGUGGUGGGGGUGGUGGUGGUGGUCAGCUGGAUGUUUGGGUCAUGCUGCAGGAGGUAAUGGGUCUGGUGCUGAUAGAAGUUGUAGCUCCUCCUGUUCUAGACAGGUUUCAGCUGAGCCACUUAGUAACCUCUCCUCAGCUCAUCAUUGAACAGUGGCUGAUGAACAUGCGCCUGGAGGCUGUGGACAAAGCUAUUAAGGAAUUGCGGCCAUUCCUUGACAUGGUGGACACUCAUACAGUGAUAACAGGUAAACUGAAGAACUUGGAUUCUUCAUCUUCAAGAAGUACUGAUCAAGACUUCCAAGGUCUGAGCUGGAACACUUUUAACCAACUCUUGGAAACUUAUGGUGCUAAAGCUUUGGACACUACUGGGGUGCAGCUUGCCCUCAAGCCUCCAACAAACAUUGACAAAGCACCCAAAAGAUUUGUAAUGCCAGCCCAUCCUCCCAAGAUGCAGGACUGGGUGCCUGAUACAGAGGUGCGCAAGUGUCCUGUGUGCCAGGUGACCAUAUUCUCCAUGUUCUCGCGCCGCCACCACUGCCGGAGGUGCGGCAGGGUGGUGUGCAGCACAUGUUCCCAGCACAGGAGUCUCGUUCAGGGCUACGAUGGCCUGUUUGUCAGGGUUUGCCUGGACUGCUACAAUCAGACCAAAGAGCUCAACCUCCACAACUAUGUACAAAUCCGGCCACUAGGAGAAGGGACAUUUGACUCUGUGUCAGUGAACAUGGAGGAUCAGAGUCCUCAGGGAGGUGCUUCCUUGGCCAGUGACAUGGAGGGGGGCUGGUACUUGUCAAAAGAUGAGCAGUACAAUGACAUAAUCCGACGUGAAUUUUGUUUUGACUAUGCACCGUCCUUGAGCUUGUGCCUUGCAAUUUUAUCCCACCAUCAAGAUGACAGGAAAGCUGCUUUAUGUGUCAUUAAACUGUGCCAUCACUUGUUCUCCCUGAUCACGUCUUCCCUCCAGUUGAUGAACCCAACAGUUGAUCACACCUUUGUUCUUUCAAUGAUUCAAACUCUCCUGGCCUCGUCGAAGGUUCGUUUUGGAAACAUCGGUGAACAACAAGGCAUUGGGUUGUGUGAGUACUACACCCAGUGGGUGGACCUGCUCUUCCUUAUACUGAAGUCAAACUGUGGUCACAUCAUUCCUCAUGAAGCUCUGGAAAACAUGCAGUUUAUUGGAGACUUACACCAGAGGAGUCUGCAGGGGGAGGGCAACAUGGGAGUGAUGUUGGACAGACGCCUGAAGCAGGAGUUUCUCUAUAUGAGGCGCCUAAGAGACAUGUUGGUGAAGAAACAGAAGUGGGAGUUGGCUCUUGAUGUGUCAACCAAGGUUGGCCUGGAAGCCAAUGGGGUGUGGGGGGCCUGGGCCAUGGCCUCUCUGAAGGCUGGCGACUUCCUUGGGGCCAGGGAACGCUUCUCUCGCACACUUGAGAGGCCCAAAGAUAAGAACAGGCCAUGCAAGCCGUCCCUGCUCUCUGAAGUCAUCAAAUACCUUGAGAGUAAUCCUUUCCAGGUGAACCAGCAGGUAAUGGAACAGGCUCAGCGCAUACGGUCAAGCAUCAUGCUCACUGACCACAACAAACACUCUUCGUCACAAGCACUAGUUGUUCUUCAUAGUCUGCAAAACCUUCACAAAAUUGCAGAAGGAAGUCUUACAUAUAGAGAGCCCCAACAGAGACUCUCUUUUCAUAGCAGUAAACAGAAGAAGGCAAGUAUCCCCAAGAUGGAGCCAAUAUUUCAGACAGAAUGUAAAUAUUACCUUACUCUCUAUGGUAACCAUGCAAUGACCAUUCAAUACUUCAUGAGGCACAGGCACAUUCAAGAAUGUGUGGAAUACAUCAUGCAUGCAAAUGUUGAUCUAGAAAUUUUCACUGAAAAUGCAUUAGUGCCCAUUCUGAGAUGUGGGCGGCUGAGUUACCUCAUGGGGAGCAUUAAUGCCUGUGACCCACACAUGGAAAAGUGGGGGAAGCUGCUGCUGGGGUCUUGCCGCUGGCUUGAGCGUCAUGGCUGGUGGAACUGCCUUCUUUCCCUCCAGGAAGCCAUGGGGGACAGGGUGAGGGCAUCAAUGACCCUUCUGAGAAUGUAUACUGAGAGUGCCACAAACUACAUGACACUUUCAAGCAGGUCUGAGUAUGUAAAUCUGGCCUUGACACACCUCCAGGCUUAUCUAGACCAGCAAGCUCUCACCACAUCCUCCCCAAAGAAGAAAAUCUCCCUUCUCAGCAUGUUGCCAUGGCAGAUCAAUCAGAACAUGAACAUGCUCAAACUUCAAAAUGAUGUCACCAAAUUUUUGUCCACUUGUGAGGCAAAGGGUGGUGACAUAUCUGGCUAUAUUCAAGUUCUCGCCAGCCUGGAUGUCGUGAAGGACCAGAGCCUGCCAACACUGCUAACCAGUGAUGGGGAGCGGCUUGGUGUGGCCAUACUGUUGAUAUGUCUUGCUGAGGUGGUGGCUGACGGCCUCUCUCUGACUUAUCGAAUAGUAGAACACAGCCACAUGGCAGUAAAGAUGCUGCUCUCCACCUGCUGCAAGGUGCUGGUAAAGAAGGGACAACUGAAGCAAAUUGGACGAGUGGUGGCAGGCAUGAAGGACUGGGAUAUACUAACCCCUGAGGAAGUGGAUGACGCUUUGCGUCCAUCCAUGCUGGGCUUGGCCUCCACCAAGAAUGCUGGUCAGCUGGACACUCUGGUCAAGCACUUUUCUACCGACGCAGCACGGAUGGAGAUGUUCCUGUUGUGUGGCCAGCUUAGGUCAGCAUACGUGGUGGCAGCACAUGUUGGAGACAGGCCGUGGGUGGAGAGGGUGAAGGAGGCGGCCCUCGCUGUGCGGAAGAAUCACGUGGCGUCCAUGUGUGACAAGUGGCUUGACAGCCAAGAUGAUGAGUAAAAGUAGCUGUUUAAUACAAUAAAUAUUUGCUUUUCCUGCAGAUGCAAAGGAAAAGAACAGAGCAAACCCUUGAUACAGUUACCAAUUUUGGGAAUAUCAUGUCAUUUUCCCCUAAAGUUCCCUAAUCUGUAUUUGAAUCUCACUUCAUCUGCAUAUUUAGAGAAGGAGUUUCAGGGCUUGAGUUGUCCUGUUGCCCUUAUCUGGAGGAUACAGAUGAGUGGAUAAAAUCACACAAAUGGGAAUCAGUUCCUCAAUGCCGUUUUAGUUGUAAUGUCAUAGUUAUGUCCACUGAUGCAAGUGUAGCUAGGUACCAUUGACUUCCACGAAUAAGUUUUGGUGGUCCUGUCACCUUGCUGUGGGUUUGGUUCUUGUCACAAAUUAUUAAAUGUGGUUUUAUUCAGUUAAAUUUUGCAACAUGUUUAGCAUGCCAAGUUUAUUGUAUCAAGGGUUUGCUGUAACAAAAAGAAAACAACAACAAAGAGGAGGAAUAAGGUAGCUAGUCAGUAAUUUUAUAUCAUUGUUUGAAGCAGCCCUCCUUUAUAUCAUGAGGACAGUUGUGGUCAUUCAGAGUCCAUUAAUGUGUAAUUUUCUAAAUGCCAUGAUUUCUCGCUCAUCAUGCAAGCCCUGUGCUGCCUGCUUAGUUCAGGAGAGUUACCCAGUGGUAAUGGAAACUACCAAUAUUUAAGAUUUUUACUUUCCCCUUCUUGCACCAGUCAUUGAAAGAGUAGUGGCAGCAGAAUGCAACAGCAUCACAUGAUAUUUUGGAUUUUUUUAUGUAUACAAGUUCUGUCUAGUUUACCAUUUUAAUGUACCUACUAUAUUCACCUCCCUUUGUGCAGUCAUCAUAUCUUCUUUCCAUGUAGCCAUCAGUUACCAAUAAUUGUUUCCAUUUCUUUCACCAAAUAGCAAAAGUUCCACACCCCUCUGAGAGGCUUGUUUACUUAGUCAAUAGUCAUUUGUGUGGAGUUGAAUUCCAUGCAUUAGAAAUGCUUUAGAUUUUUUAUUUUAUUUCAUAGAUUGUAGAUAUAGUUCUGCAUAACAGCAAAUCAUACCUAUUCCUCUCGGCAGCACCUACAUGAAAUAAACAUCCACUGUUCACAGAAGCACAUGCAAUUUACUAAUUACUAAAAUAAAACUUGAUAAUACUAAGCAUGCAGUGCAAGUAAACAGAAUGCAUGCACUCUUAAACUUGUUACAUGAAGUAGUAUUUCAGAAAACUGAGCAGUUACCCUUUUUUUUUUUUAUACUAGUUUCAUAUACUAGCUACAUACAGCAAGUGUCAUAUGAUAUCACUGAAUCUGUGAUCCUGUUUAUAGCCGUGCACAAUGUUGAUCCAAUGAAAUCACGUUUGAUGAGAUUUCAUAGAUGAAAAAAACAUGUGUUUCUGAAUCAUUGAUUCAUUUCAACUAUUUUCAAGUAAUUAAUUUAAUUUUUAUAAGAUUUAUAUAUAUGUACAGAUCAUUCACUGAAGUUUUUUGAAUAAUUGUUGGAUUGUAGUCUUGGUGUACUUAGCAGCACUUUACCUCACAAGUUUCAUAACUUUUUCAGUUGAGAUUAUUAGUCAGGUUUUACUUCUGUGAUGUGCAUGGUCCAAACACGCAGAGGCAAUGUCUAAGUGGAGAUGCAGUAACCGGCUCACACACUUUCAGGUAUUGUGUUAUGCUUGGCAAACACGUGUGGAGAAACAUUGGAAAACAUGUUUGUUUAUUCAAAUUCUAUAGUUGCCUGCCUUUACUCCAGUGAUCAGUACUGAUCAUAUACUUACAAUUUAUAUAUUGGCUGUUGUCAGUAUUUUAUACCAGAGAAUUUUAUGAAGUGCAUUGCACACCCGUCCAUUUAUGAUUGUCUUCCAUUACAAGAGUCUUAUUGUGUCUCAAAGUUGAAUAGAUAAAAGUUCCAUAUUUAGAAUGUGAUGUCAUAUUUAGAGAUGAUUUAGUGUUCUGUUUGACUUGCUGUUGGUAGAACAGCAUGCAACAGUACAGGCUUGGGUAGAUCUUCAUGCAGUAGUAUAGGCUGGGGUAGACCUUCAUGCAGUAGUACAGGCUGGGUAGAACAGCACACAGGACAGGCUAAGGUAGAACAGCAUACAGUAGUGUGGUAGUGUAGGCUUCUAAGUUGUGGGAGUAGUGUGUAAAUGCAGCAAAACUCACUAGGCAGAUAAAAAUUUUCAAAAGAGAGAAAAGGUUCCUGAUAUGUGUUUAGAUAGAUGCCUCUGUGUAGGGAUGCUGAAGGUUCAGUGCCUUACUGUAGUAUCCAGAAGACAUAGGUAUAGUGAUAGAAAGGUUGCACAUACUGUAUACUGUAGGUUCAGUAUAGUUGAUCUUGGUAUGGUCAAAGCUCUCUUGUUAAAGGGAUAUUGUUACAUGAUAUUAUAUUGUUUAUCUUAAACAAAUGUUACAGUUUGGCAUACUUUUAUCAGAGAUUUAUGAUAGAAUAGCAUUCUUAAAAUAUUUAUAGAUUCUUAGUUAUAUCAUGAAACUCAUUUUUCUCUAAUGUCAACUGCAAGAACUCAGUCACUCCCUCCCUCAUCAGUUGUUGGUAGUCGCGAUCAUUGGCAUAGCCAGUCCCAGAUCUCAUUUUUUUUUUUUUUUUUUUUUUUUAAUUAAGGAUAUUCCCGGCUGGG